GUUAGGGCUAACGAUAAGGACUAUAUAUAUGUAUGCUUGAAUUGCCAGGUUUGAGUCAAUUAUUUAUUAUCACUUCAUUAAAUCACUGCAGUCAACAUCCAAUCGAAGAGAUGUGGCUAAUCCCUGCAAUCUUUUGCGUAUUACACGUGGGAGCGCACCAACAAGACGUAGUAAUACCUCCCUACUUAUUGGCUUCUCGCACGAAGUAUGACAUAAUGCCUCCCACCCUUAUCGUGACCAGGCCGCCAAGACCGUACGAUGGACCAAUGGAUGAUAUCUUUGGCCCCUACAGUCCACCACACCAUAUGGUCCCAGCACGCGGAGAAAAAAAAACUCUCGAGGAUUUAGCAAAACUAAGCAAUCUGCUUAGAAAGGGAGAUAUUGACAUAAGGCAGCUUGUGAAAUUUACCGAUUUAUCACAUGAUGAGGAUUUUCCAAAAGCGAAGGCUCCGACUGACGAACAUUCAUAUUACCAUGACCUGGAUCUGGUUGAACAGUUCGGGAACUAUUUGAGACAAAAAACGCAAAUAAAGCCGACGGACUCGUACGACAGUGACCCAGGUCGCCAAUUCAACGCACUCCUGGCAGUUCUGAUUGCUUUAGCGAAGAUCGUAAGGAGCACUUGUGCUGACGUGGACGCGGUGUACGAUACGGUAUACUUGGAAACCGUAGAGAAAAACUACGCGAAUGGACUCAGGAAUGCUCAUAAAAUCGCGCGCGCCAUUGAGGAGUACAUUCGAAGAGGACAUUCCCAUAUUCCAAAACUACUGAAACUAAAGCAAGAACUAUGUGAAGAAUAUUCUUCGUGUGACAGAGUAAUGGACGAGAAAAUUAAAAGCAACAUAGAGAUCUAUUCCAAAGAGAUAGAAGUCUUGGAGUCCCUCGUUCACCUAGCGAACACCUUCCGCGAUUUCAGUGAAGAGUUUAACAAUGCAGCUCAAAUGAGACUCGUGUUGCCUUACCUAGAGGCUAGUAAAGACAGGGUGAAGGAAUAUAUCUGGAGCAUUGUGAAUAGCGUCGAGCACAUUAGCGACACUGUUGUUAAUUGUUAAAUGCUCUUGAUUAUUCAGGGGUGAUGUAUCAAUAAAAUUCGAUGAUUGAUGAAAAA